UUCUCUAGGCAGGUAUUUUGUUUUUAUUAUUAUGAGGAAAAAAACAAAACUCACGUAGGGGCCCCCAGAUGGAUUUAAAAUGUUUGGGAGAUCUGUUUGCUUCCUCAUGGGUUCGGAAACAAUUCUUAUUCUAAUGGCUGGGUUCUUGCGGAUCUGCUAAGGAUUGAUGGUGCAGCUGGCUGGAUGUGUACUCUGUAACCUUCAGUCCCACUGGAAGUAUGGCGUUGGCUUCGACUGCGUUCUGGAAUGAUCCUUACUGCUUCUCCCGGUCUGUGGAUGGUACCGCCGCUCUGGAUUUAUCCGUGGAGUUACAAGGAUUCGACACCCCGAGCUUAAACUAUUGGCGGAGUGCUAUAAAAGCUACAUUCUAUAGUGUCUACAGCAGGCAGAAUUGUAGGAUUAUGGCAGCGACGUUAGUGUUGGGAAUGGAUUGAUGGGGAAACAGACUUUUCUUAUGUGCUUCAGGCAAGCGGCAAUGUGGAUUGGGCGCCCAAAAGAAUAUGGAAUGUACAAGUGAAGGCGGAAGGCUGAAGUGGAUUUGCACAAAUGGAUCUAUAUCACAUGGCUUGUGUAUCCAGUAUAUACCCAAAGGGCUGUAUGUGGAACUCUCUUCCCUGGGAUAUGUAUCAUUGGUUGGACUCUAGACAUUCACUGGACUGCUGCUGCGAUGGUAUCCUCACAAACAAGUCAAUAAGAACAGUUCAUUUUUCUUUAAACUGGUAUUUUUGGGUAAAUAUUCGGCUCCUUGGUGUGGAAAAUAAUUGGCCUGGAUCUCUACAACCUAUCCCAAGUUAAGGAAUGGUUUAAUUAGACUAUGUAACAGUGGAUCCUUUGAAGACCUUUUUUUUUUUUUUAACCAGCUGCUAAUGGGAAAUGACUUAGAAAAAAAAAAAAAACUGUUCCAAAAUCCACAGUGGAUUAAUAUGAAAUGGGGGAUGGAUAUUUUUUUACAUAUGUUUUUUUUCCGGAACACCUCUGGAUUGGUUUAUUUUGGCUUUUUUUUUUUCUUUUUGGUCUUCUCACUAAGAAUUUUUUUUUUUUUUUUUCAUCAAAACUAUCAUUUUGAAACCCUUUGCCAUUUUGCCUCAUUGAGAAGGUGGAUUACCCAUGUAAAGGGACCAAAUUGGGGAAGUUAUGUUCUCAAAUCACUCCCUAGAUUUAAUUGGGAUUGUAGGUCGUGUUUCCUCACUUGGAAAAGGGCUUCUGAAACUAGGGAGCGAUCUUAUGAACACAGUGCCUAUGGACACCAUGAGCGCGGGACAGGAUUUGAUCGGACACGGCAUUACGAUCAGGAUUACUAUAGAGAAGCGCGGGAACGGACCUUACAGCAUGGGAUAUACUAUAACUCUAGGCGAAGCCCUACCCGAUUUGACACUCACGAUACCCGCUAUGAAACUAGGGCUCGAGAGCAGUUUACAUUACCCAGUGUUGUGCACCGGGAUAUUUUCAGAAGCGAACUUUCACGGGAGGUACGAGGGAGACGGGCUGAACGGAAUUACCAGCACAGCAGGAGCCGGUCACCCCAUUCAUCCCAGUCUAGGAACCAGUCCCCUCAAAGGUUGGCUAGCCAAGCGUCAAGGCCAACCAGAUCUCCCAGCGGCAGCGGAUCCCGGAGUAGAUCCUCUAGUAGUGACUCUCUCAGCAGCAGCAGUAGUACCAGUAGUGACAGUAGUGAAUCCAGCAGCAGCUCGAGUGAUGAGUCCCCGGCCCGCUCGGUGCAGUCGGCUGCCGUGCCAGCCCCUCCGGCGCAGCCCCUCCUGUCCUUGGAUAAAGAUGAACCACGCAAAAGUUUUGGGAUCAAAGUUCAGAAUCUUCCUGUUCGCUCUACAGAUACAAGCCUUAAAGAUGGUCUUUUUCACGAAUUUAAGAAGUAUGGGAAGGUAACGUCCGUACAGAUUCAUGGUGUGUCGGAGGAGCGCUACGGCCUGGUGUUCUUCAGGCAGCAGGAAGAUCAGGAAAAGGCACUUAAUGCGUCGAAAGGCAAGCUCUUCUUCGGCAUGCAGAUCGAAGUGACUGCGUGGGUAGGACCAGAAACUGAAAGCGAGAAUGAAUUUCGACCUUUGGAUGAAAGAAUAGAUGAGUUUCACCCAAAAGCAACAAGAACUCUCUUUAUCGGAAACCUGGAAAAGACCACGACGCACCUUGACUUGCACAACCUGUUUCAGCGAUUUGGGGAGAUUGUGGAUAUUGAUGUUAAGAAAGUGAACGGCGUUCCUCAGUAUGCAUUCCUGCAGUACUCUGAUAUUGGAAGUGUCUGCAAAGCAAUUAAGAAGAUGGACGGAGAGUACCUGGGGAAUAACCGGCUAAAGCUGGGCUUUGGAAAAAGCAUGCCCACCAACUGCGUAUGGAUCGACGGCCUCUCGUCCAACAUUACCGAACAAUAUUUAACGCGUCACUUUUGCCGUUAUGGACCAGUGGUGAAGGUGGUGUUUGAUCGCUUUAAAGGCAUGGCCCUGGUUCUCUACAAUGAGAUUGAAUAUGCCCAAGCAGCUGUAAAAGAGACCAAGGGAAGGAAGAUUGGUGGGAAUGACGUUAAGGUUGAUUUUGCAAACCAGGAGAGUCAGCUGGCUUUUUAUGGGUCUAUGGAAUCAUCAGGACAAGAUAUAAGAGACUUCUAUGAUAUAAUAUCAGAGAGAAGGACUGACGAAUCAAGGAGAGGAUCUUAUCAUGAAUUCACCUCUGCAGAACGCACCUACUAUGAAACUGUCAGGACACCAGGCACAUACCAGGAGGAAUCAAGGCGCGAAUAUCCUACAAGAAGCCGGGAGCUCUACACGGAUUGGGAGACUUAUCAAGGAGAUUUCUAUGAGCAACGUUACUACGAUGAUGCAAGAGAAUAUAGAGAAUACCGAGACCCUUACGAGCAGGAUAUUCGUGAAUAUAGUUACAGACAGAGAGAGCGGGAGAGAGAAAGGGAGAGGUUUGAAACAGAGAGAGAUAGAGAUCAUGAGAGGAGACAAACUGAGCGCAGCCAAAGUCCGACCCACACCAGGCGGCCCCAGAGCCCCGCAGGAUCACCAUCACAGUCAGAGAGAGUUGCAAGUGAUCCCGAGCGCAAAAUUUACAGCCGCUCCUCAGAUCGAAGUGGAAGCUGUAGCUCUCUUUCCCCUUCAAGAUUUGAUAAACUGGACAAAGCCCGGGCAGAACGCUAUGGUAAAGGUGAAAAAACAGAAAAAGACCGCAGUUUUGAAUCAGAAAGAGCAGACAAACGGCCACCGCGGAAAGAAAAGUCUGAUAAAACUGAGAAAGACAAACCUGAAAGGACAAAACGAAAGUCUAAAAACCAUUCUCCCAGCUCUCAAUCUUCUGAGACCGAUCAAGAGAAUGAGAAGGAGGCAAGUCUUGAGAAGCAGAGGAGUAACACGAAGCAGCCAGCCAAAGAAAAGAACGACAAGGAUGCCACGUCCAAAAACCGCCUCGACCUUAUGCCAUGUGUUGUACUCACCAGAGUAAAUGAAAAAGAAGGGAAAGUCUUCGAUUCUCCAGUUCUUGAGAAAGCAGUUAAAAGCAAGCCUGAAAAUGAGUCUGUCAAGUCUCCACCAGUGGAUCAAAAGGCCCUGAUUCCGCGGCUUGACCAGCUUAAAACUGACCAAGUGAAAUCCGAAACAGUAAGAAAUAAAGUCCCAAAGGAGAAGGUACUUGCCAGCCAUGUUGAAGUGGUGGACAAAGAUGGUAAACAAAAAGUAAAAAAGCACUUAAAGGUAGAGCAGCCUGCAGAAGGCGCCAGCUCAGCAGAUCUUGAAAAAUUAGAAGCUCGGAAGAGGCGGUUUGCUGAUGCAAAUUUAAAAUGCGAUCGACCAAAAUUUGAAACAAGGCGGAGCAUUCAGGAAGAGGAGGAUGCUAGGGUCUGUUCAAAAAAGCUAGAUGCUGUUUCUUCAAGAGAUGUUACUGUUCUAAAAGAUGGUGAGUCAGAAAGGAAAGGCUCCAGAAAAGAGCUGUCUAAACGGGACAUCCGCAAAAUAAAAACAGAGAGACCUUUUACUGUUAACAGCCCCAAAGAUGGCCAGGAGAGUUUGCCUCUUGGAGCUGGCAUACGACCCAACCUCGAUGUACAGUCCCGCCUUGUGGAACCAGUGGAUGAACAGUUUGAAUCAUCAGAGACUUCCACCAAAAAGGCAAGUGUUGUAAAGCAACGACACAUGCAGUUAUCUGAAGAUGCUGAUAAGGAGCUGUUAAAAGAUGAUAAUAGAAAGAUGUACUGUCCUCCUCCUCCUCCUCCUCCUCCGAGAGAAAUGAUUGGGAUGGAGAGGUCAGAAACCGAAGAGAAGCUUGCUAUUGAUAUUGAUUACACACAGAGUUACCGGAAGCAAAUGGAGCAGAACCGUAAAAAGCAGCAGAUGGAGUUGGAAAUACUGAAGUCUGAAAAGUUUGGGAGUCCAAACAAAGAGACUGAUGAGUAUGAAAGACGGAGCCUUGUGCACGAGGUAGGCAAACCGCCUCAAGAUGUCACUGAUGACUCUCCUCCGAGUAAAAAAAAAAAGACUGACCUGGUGGAAUUCGAAAUCAACACUAAGAGGGAGAGAAAUUACAGAAGUUCCCGUCAGAUAAGCAACGAAUCAGAAAGAACUCCUUGUUCCCCGAGCGUACGACCAUUUCCAUUUCACGAAGAUGAAGAAGCCGGUUUCCCGCAGGUGAUUACAAUGAAAGAAAUCAAAGAGUCGGCGAAAGUGGAUGAGAAGACUACGUUUCCUCAUCCGCCCAUCAAAGAAGAGCCCUUUAAACUGAUUCCUAGCGAGUCCAUCAAAAAGGAGCAAAUGGCUGAGCCAAAUAAAUGCAAAAUGCCUGUCAUGAGUCCAGAGGAAGAGUACAAAUGGGAUAGUCAAGUCAAGCAAGAGUGCAACAGGGUCGACAUCGGCUUCCCCAGCAAUUUAGUCAAAAGAGAGAGCAUCAGAAAGCGGUCUAGAGACCUAGAACCUGGGGAGGUUCAGUCUGACUCUGAUGACGAGAGCGAUCAUAAAUCCAACUCUCCAAAACACGCCUCUAUAUUGGAAAGUUCAAGGUUUUCUUUUUUAUUAAGAGGCAGUGAAGAGAAACUACGCGAGCGGGAAGAAAGGAUCUCCAGCUCGUUGGAAAAGAAUAAAUUUUACUCUUUUGCUCUGGACAAGACCAUCACCCCCGAUACAAAAGCUUUGCUUGAAAGGGCCAAAUCGCUUUCCUCGUCCAGAGAAGAAAACUGGUCUUUUUUAGACUGGGACCAAAGGUUUGCCAAUUUCCGUAGCACCAAAGACAAAGUCAAGGUUGAUUCUGCUCCAAGACCAAUACCAUCGUGGUACAUGAAAAAGAAAAAAAUUCGGACGGAUUCCGACGGCAAAUCUGAUGACAAGAAAGAACACAAAGAAGAAGAACAAGAGAAGCAGGAGUUAUUUGCCUCGCGCUUUUUACACAGUUCAAUAUUCGAGCAGGACUCGAAACGACUGCAGCAUCUGGAAAAGAAAGAUGAUGACACCGACAUCAGCCUUGUUCGGCCACACUGGAGGCAGUUCUCGUUUGAUGGUACAAGCAGCGCGCCCGAUCUUGUCCAAGAGCCAGUUGUGCUCUUUCACAGUCGUUUUAUCGAGCUGACGAGAAUGCAGCAGAAAGAAAAAGAAAGGGAAGAAAGUCCAAAAGAGACAGAAAAACAAGAGGAAAAAGAGGUCCAACCAAAAUCUCCAGACCCAGUUCCAGAAAACAAAGAUCAUGAGCUUAAAUCUCCUUUGACAUCUGUGCCAACACCUGCUCCACCUGCUCCAGUGUCUCAGCCAGAACCAUUACCACCUGCUGUAGAUAAACUAGUUCCAGAUAAAGCUCCACCUGAUGUUCCUACAGUAAAGGAGGAAAAACCAGCAGAACCUGUUGAACCAGCACCAGAGGAACCCAAGCCUGCUCCGGUUCCUGCUUCAGUCUCUUUGGACCAGCCAGUUCCACCUGAACCUGUACAGGUUGUUGAAGAAGUAAGUGUACUUCCUGCUCCAUCUGCUCCAGAAGAUGUUGUGCCUGAAGAACUCCCCUCUUACCUGGAUACAAAACCACCUACUCCAGGUGCUUCUUUCUCUGAAACUCCCAGCAAUUCCAUAACAGAGAUGGAAAGUUCUACAAAGCCUGCAAAAAUGGUAGAGGAAACUGACCUACAAGAAGAUAAACCUUCCCCAGUUGUAAGUACUGACAUAGUAUGUCAGACACCCGAUGUGGUCCCAGAUGCUCAACCUCUCGGCUCGGAAAAUGACACGGAAGCUGAAAAUUCUACACCGGUAAAAGAUAAAAAGACAUAUAAAAGCAGAAGAGCGAACGCUGCCGAUAAGCCAGCAACAAGAAAGAGUGUGAGAAUUGACAGAGAAAAACGCAAUAGAUCAACAUCUCCACGUGGGGAGACUCCAAAACAUCUGGAGGUAAAAAGCGAGCCUGAAAGAGGAUCAAGGAAUGCAGCAAAGUCACCAAGUUCUGUGGCAGAGCCUGAAAGCUCAGAACCAAGUUUGCCCUUGGCUCGGACAAGGCGUAGAAACGUUAGAUCUAUCUAUGCUACAACAGGUGAUAAUGAUACGCAGGCAGCAGUCAAGGAACCAGAAACACCAAGGUCUACUAGAAAGCGACUAGAGAAGGAACCCACUGAGACUCCUGCAGUUGUGCCAAACAAAAGGGGGCGCCCUCCAAAAGUCCGCCGUAAAACAGGUGAAGAGGUUUCACCUAUUAAGGCAGAAGCUUUAAAGCAAGAGCCUGAGGAUACCGAAAGUAAGGAUUCAACUGAAUCGAUAAAGCCUACAGAGGGUUGGAGGUCCCCUCGGACACAAAAACUAGCACAUUCUCCCGUGUCAAGUGGCCAGCAGGGCAAAAAGGGGAAAAACGAGCCUAGGCCACUGCAGGAUGCUUCAGGAGAAUCCAACGAAGACAGCAAUGAAAUAUCAGAACCUAUUGAAGAUUGCAACAAGCAAAGGUUGGGGAAAGAGGAGACAUUCGUGGAAGAGAAGCACGAGCAGAAGGAAGAAGUUGCUGACGGGUGUCCUGCCGAAAACACCACUGUGGAUAUAUCUGAGAAGAAGAACCGCUUGGAAAAAAAUUCCAAGCCAAAAGGGGGAAGACCAAAGAACGCAAAGCCUGUGGUGCGCUUAAAAGGCAUUGAAAUCCGCCUUAACGUGGAUGAGGUGAAAGGAGCCAUGAGGCCAGCUGAAGAUCCUGAGCCGACUGUUGUCUCGCCCGUUAAAAUCAAAAGUCCUCAAAAAGACGACGCUGCAGCACCGACCUUUCCAAACCAGUCAGAGACGACCUUCCCUGAAAACCCUGACAAAGACAAUCCCGCAGGGCCCAAGCUGUCUCCUGAAGCGGCGCAGUUAGCACGACAGAUGGAGCUUGAACAAGCCGUUGAAAAUAUCGAGAAGAUCACCGAAACCACUGCUGUUCCUGCUUAUAAAGAUGCCCAGGGAAGCGAGGUGCCAGAGACUCGCUCCGAGGAAGAUGGGGAUAAACCUGCGCACCAGGCUAGUGAAACUGAGCUUGCAGCUGCAAUCGGUUCAAUAAUAUACGAUAUCUCUACAGAUGCCGAAAGCUUUCCAGCAGCCCCAACAUAUCCACCCGAAAGGGAAACCACUGUCCCAACUGAUUCUGCUGCUGCUGCAGUUCCAAAUGCUGCCCAGCCAGAACAGAUGGAGCCUGAGACAGACCAGGCAGUGAACAUUAUCUUGGGAACAAAUGCCACCCCUGGAACGGAGAGCACCGCAUCCACCACCUUGACUCCCAAUCCGUUAGCCCCUGAAUCCACAGACUCCAAGGAAGCCGACAUAAGCUUCAGCGAGUCUUCAAAUUCCGCACAGGAGGCGGAACCUUCACGUGAAGCCGAAACCCUUCCAAAACACACCCCUCGGAAAAAGAUGCCCCGUCAUCGCAGCCGAAGAGGGCCGCCCAGUAAAAAGGCAGAAGUAGUGGGCACCAGUUCAUUGGAGCAGGAUAAUCAGAGUCAGUCUCCUGUAAAAGAGGAAAAGGUUAAAUUGGCCGAAGGGCAAAAGGAAAAGACUAGUGAGCCGACGGCUGCUCUGAACCCCGAGCAGCAGCCGCUGGAGCCAGGUUUGAGUUCUUCAUCUCAAGACAACGAUCCAGAGUUUAAAGAGGAUAGAAGUCCAGUUCUUAAGAAUGCCAUUCAGUCACCUCAGCCCCUUCUCAUCGAUGACGUUAGUCAAACCAGUUUCAAGUUGCGCUCAAGCACUGAAAACCCCCCUGUGAGCCCACCAGUCAGCAGUCCUCCAUUGCAGCCAGGCACUCCUGGGAAGCUCCCCACCUCUGUGCUAACCUCUACCCUUUCUCAUUCAAGCACGAGUAUCAUGCCUGAGUGGAUGUCUAGACACGAGGAUAGCAACACCAUCUCAACCCCACCUCCAGCUUUACCCCCAAACACAAAAGCUUCCGAUGUGGAUACAAGUUCCAGCACCCUGAGGAAGAUCUUAAUGGAGCCCAAAUACAUUUCGUCGAGCAGUACCCCGACCAUUGUCACAAGUGCUAUCUCUGAACCCGUCUCGGCUUCACUUGCGGAAGAGCCCACGCACCCUCCUUUAGAGGCAAUCAAACCGGUAUCUGAAGAGAAGUCGGCUGUCCCUCUGAUUAACGCUGUGGUUCCACCGGCAGCAGAAGCUCCCGUUUUCCAGGAGAAGGUAACCAUUGUUGCACCAAAGGCCACCUCGGUCAUAAGUCGGAUGCCUCUCAGCUUUGAUCCAGAAGAAAUGCCCAGAAUCACUUUAGCGAAGCAUCCUCCUCAGAUUCCAUCUGCCGCACCUUGUAUACCUUCUCAAAAAAUUAAGCAGCGCCAAAAUAUAAACGACAGUCGGACGUGCAUGAAGCCAGCGAUGUCCAUUAUAGAAGACAGGCCUUCCGAGACGGGUCCCAGUCCCGGCUUGAGGGUGCAGACCUCCCAAGGGGUUGUCCUGCUUUCAUACUCUGGCCAGAAAACGGAGGGACCACAGCGGAUCAGCGCAAAAAUCAGCCAGAUCCCUCCCGCGAGCGCCGUUGACAUAGAGAUCCAGCAGUCGGUGUCAAAGACCCAAAUUAAGCAAGAACCUGUGACGCCAUCUCAGAUACUUCCUAAAGGACCUCAGACGCCUGGAGGUUUCUCGGCACAUUCGCUGGUUGCAGGAAGCCAACCUUUCAAUGCGUCUCCGGUCAUAUCGUCCAUCAAGCAGGAGCGUUCUUCGAUGGAGAAGGCGGAGUCGAGUCAUGUUUCAAACGCGUCGUCGCAAUUGGGAGCGGUGAAAGUGCUGACCCAAACCAACCCCCCUGUACUCAUGCACAGUCAGAUGGUGACGUCGAGCAAGAAGAUCACCGACGCCAAAGCAGAAUCCAAGGUUCUCCAGCCAACCAACCUAAGCCCCGGGCUUAGCCCUCACCAUUCUUCAUUUUCUGGAAAGCUGCAAUCGGAACCAAACCACGUGGGCUCUGGAGCGAGCACCCCCAGCGCAGAUAGGGGCCUCCCACACCUUAGCAUUGUCAAGCAAGAGCCGCAUUCGCCCUCGGUGGCAGGACAUUCUCCGUCUCCGUUCGGCAGACCGUGUCACCCCAGUGUUACAGCCUCUCCAGCCUUAACUAACAAUGCCUCUGUUAUGCUGGCUGCGGGAAUGCCUGUCCCCCCCUACAUGUCCAGCAUGCACCCCGAGCAGACUGUCAUCAUGCCCCCCCAUAGUGUCACGCAGCCCGUGUCUCUGGGCCACCUGUCCCAGGGGGACGUUAGGAUAAACACCCCGCCGCUGCCGGCAAUGCAGUACGCAAUCCGCCCCGAAGCACUUCACUCCCCCAGAGCAGCUAUGCAGCCUCAGCUGGACGCAAGACCCCAGAGAUCCACCACACCCCAGCCGGCCGCUAACCGAGAAAUGGUACUUCCUACAAUGUCUUCCCAGCACCCUCAGGAUGAGGACGUGCAUUAUCACCACCCGAUUCCUCGCGGCUCUGCCCAUGUUCAGCCUGACAUGCUGGUCAUGCAGACUGAAUAUCGUAUACCCGCAUCAGGUAUGCGGCUCGACCCAUAUGUACCCCAAGACGUGGUAUUACCGCGGGAUGUCCGCAUGAUUAUGCACUCGCACAUGACUGCUGUUGGCGAGCACCACCCCGAGCCGAGGCAGUCGAGGACCCCAGAAGGACUGGUUAAAACUCCUCCUACCAGCAAAACACCGCAGCCUGUAAAAGACUUGGCCAAACAGCCGGAUGUGAAACGCUCCCAUUCACCACACAACGACGCCAGGAUCCUUGGCGUGCCCCCCAGCGGACUGAACAUGUCUCCCUCUGUAGUAGUACCACAUGGAGUGCCCCUCAUCCACCCCCCCGGGAGUUCUUUCCGGGAUUAUCGUCCUGUGUACUCGGAUAUAAGGAACUAUCAUCCGGCACCGCUGCCCCACCCGCAGUAUUCCAGUGCCUCGUCCAUUGGAUUGCACACUCGGAGUCUGACCCCGUCACAGGUUGGAGGAGAGGGGGAACACACGCACGCAAACCAAACUGGACGCAGUAAGACCCCCCAAGUGAGCCAGGACCCCAAGGUACCUCCAACAUCGGUGAAUGAGCAGACGCACCACCCGGCUAUUAAGAGGCACUCGGGGCAAAUGGAGUCUCACAUCCAACACCUGCCGACUUCCCAGGCCUCCUACCCCUCACCCAGUGCCAUCAGCAUGAAAGCGGAGCUGCCAUCUUCCCACCAGUCCCAAGCACUUCAGAAGCAGGCGAUGUGCCUGUCCUCCCCGGCGAUUUCCAGCACUCUCUCCCGAACAGAACUGCAGUCUCCCCCCAAGCAAGAACCCCCUCAUCGCUCUGUAGAUAUGGUGCAGCUGCUGACAAAAUACCCAAUCGUGUGGCAGGGCCUGCUGGCGCUGAAGAACGACACCGCUGCCGUGCAGUUACAUUUUGUGUCUGGCAACAACGUUUUGGCACAUCGGUCUUUACCGGCGCCCGAAGGAGGCCCGCCCCUGAGGAUCGCACAGCGGAUGAGACUGGAAGCCACCCAGCUGGACGGGGUUGCACGAAGAAUGAUGGUGGAAAGUGAUUACUGUUUAUUGCUCGCACUUCCCUGUGGCCGCGAUCAGGAAGACGUCGUCAACCAGACGGAGUCGCUGAAAGCCGCCUUCAUCACUUACCUGCAGGCCAAACAGGCAGCAGGCAUCAUCAACGUUCCCAACCCAGGAUCCAAUCAGCCCGCCUACGUCCUGCAAAUAUUCCCGCCCUGCGAGUUUUCCGAAAGCCACCUCUCCCGCCUCGCUCCGGACUUACUCGCCAGCAUUUCCAACAUCUCCCCGCACCUCAUGAUUGUCAUUGCGUCGGUGUGAGCGUCGGCGUUCCCAUCCCAGAUACGACAGGACAUAAACACACACUGAUUUUUUUUCGCCUUCUGCUUGGGGCGCCCCCUGCUGGAGAGACCUGCCAUUGCUGCUCUGGAUGUUUACAAACUGCUUCUGGGAUCCCCCCCCCCACGACGCGUGGCCGGAAGCAGACUGGCAAUGGACAGGGGUGUGGGGGGCACGAGAUCUCCCCCCCCCCCCCCCCCCACGAGCGAGACGAUGGGAUAUUCCACGGCGGUUACUGUUCGUGUGCUUGUUGUGUUUUUAUUUUUAUUAUUUUUUUUUUUUAAGCUGAAUCUGCCUUUGCACUAAAUUAGUGACUCCAAACUUUGUACAGGAAUUAUUUUUUUUUUCCUUUGUGUCAUAUUUUUGGGGCAACGUGCUGUGAUAUUGGAAUGUCUGGACACAGUCGGACUUGCCCUCGGACUCAUGAGCGGGAACCUGUGAAUAUUUGGGCUGCGGUGGGCGCGAGGGAGCCAAUCGGAUUGUCAGCUGCUGGGCUUCCUGCUUGUGGACAUUGCAGCCAGCUCGGCCCCCCCCCUCUACUGACUCCUUCGGCGACACCCCCCCCCCCCCCUUUUUCUUUUCAUUUAAGAUGUACAGUUUACAUGGGAAAAAUAACAUACAAAAGGGAGAUCUAUUUUCCUUUCUUUGGAUAUUAUAGGACUCCGUGGCUGUGUGUAUAUAAAGCAUAUAUAAUAUAUAUUAUAUAUAUAUAAAUAUAUAUAAUACCGACUUUAAAAAAAAAAAAAGAAAAAAGAAACAAAAAAAAAUUCAAAUCCCCCACAACAUACAUUUUUUAAUCUGUGCCAAAAAUGUGUUUUGAGAGAAAAAUCUUAUUUUCAUACUCAGA